AAGUUGAAAAACGCAAUCGGCUUAAGUUGCUUUUGCCAUGGUUAGAACAGCGUGUCAAUGAAGGGAAUCAAGAUACGGCUAUUUAUAAUGCGUUGGCCAAGAUUUAUAUUGACAGUAAUAAUAAUCCGGAAGCAUUCUUGAGAGAGAAUACGUUUUAUGACUCUCUCGUCAUUGGUAAAUACUGCGAGAAACGGGAUCCGCAUCUUGCGUACAUUGCUUAUCAACGUGGUCAGUGUGAUUAUGAGCUCGUCAAAAUCACAAACGAAAAUUCCAUGUUCAAACACCAAGCGCGAUAUCUGGUGAAGCGUCGUGAUCCACAACUAUGGGCUCACGUGCUCGACGCGAACAAUAUCUAUCGUAGACAGAUGAUCGAUCAAGUAAAUGCGGUUGCUCUUCCUGAAUCAAUAGAUCCUGACGACGUUUCCGUCACUGUCCAAGCCUUUAUGGCCGCUGACUUACCACUAGAGUUGAUCGAGUUAUUGGAAAAAUUGAUCUUGGAGAAUACAGCUUUUAGUGACACAAAACCACUUCAAAAUCUUCUCAUUCUUACAGCGAUCAAGGCUGACGCUGCCAAAGUAAUGGAUUAUAUAAACAAGUUAAAUAAUUUCGACGCUCCCGAAGUUGCCGAGAUUGCAAUCAAACAUAAUUUAUAUGAAGAGGCAUUCGCGAUAUAUAAAAA